AAAUAAUAGUCUCGCAGCACUAAACAGCAGAACAGCCUCUGCCAGACGACUAUUUCAUUCUUCAAUCAAGCUGAAAUGUAACAAUCAUCAACUUCAUACAUACUCGCAAACACUCUCAACUCAACACUCAAACUUACCAACCAACUCUUCUCAAACAAGAAACCAAAAAUGGUUCGCGUAGGACCCCCAACCGGCUCCGUCGACUCGACCUCCUCGACAUCCCCAACAUGUCAAAUACUAAUCCGUCACGAGCUAAUCCGUCUCGAGAAAAGGCUAGUCUGGGCCAAGCGCAUGGUUCAGCGACGUCACGACCUUGGGUACGAGCGGCGGGACAAGGAGAUGCAGCUACUUGUGCAAAAAGUGUCGCAUCUCGAAAGCUUCAUCCGAGAUCGGUUCAGCCUGAUGCGAGCACUCCUCCCAGAACAGCAACGACAAGACCAAAUCGAAGUCCGACUCGAGGAGUUCGAAACCCUUCAUGACGAUCUUGCUUUCUGGGUGGACGUAGCAGAUCGUGUGACUGACACCAGACCCAGGGCCGGGCGAUGGACCCCACACCAGAACAGGAUCACGCCACUCGAGCACAAAGUCGGGUUUCAGCGUCUUGCUCUUCUGGUCCUUAUGGAUGCAAAGGAGAAGGAUGAGUGGAAUGGCAAGGUCCCCAUAUAGCGCUAGCUCGUCUGGAGACUAAGUUCGCGCGACUCAAGGACAAGUUUCCGGACUUCCCUCUAGAACGUAUAGCCGGACCAAUCAAUUAUCACGUAAUCCACGAGUUAAUGAUGGGCUGGGAUAUAAAGGAGUACAAGGGAAUUGAGGGCCGCAUUGUGCAGAUGCGUA